AUGCUCCCAGUCGAAGAGGAUUAUGAAAGCAGCGCAUGCGUAACACGCCCACUUUUCCGACCCCCUACACCUGGCCCUAUCUUCAACAGCGCCGGAGCACUACUGAGUCAACCUCAAUUCAGUCAGAAUAAUAGCAGCUCUGCUUCUUAUCGAACCAGCAGGGACAUCGCGACCCUCCGGACAGACCAGUCAGAGUGGAUUUACUUGGAUGAAGUACCUCCAGACGACGAAGAUCACUGCAAUUAUGAAAAUAUUGAUACGUCUAUCACUAGCACACGAUCGCGACUGUUAUCCGAGUCGAACACAUCUUACAACGGCCAAUCAUCAACGCAUGCUCAGGGCUCCUUCCAGAAAUGCCCACUUAGUUCAUUCCAGUAUCCAGAGACUACGGUCUCUGGAUAUCAGUCUUGCAGCCGCUUCUAUGGUUGGAGGAUGAGCAUGUUGAUGGGUAGUUGCACGUCUGCCGCAAUACUGGCUUUCAACAUAGUCGUGGUCGUCCUCGUUGCAAUCAAGCCCGGAUUCAAUGGUGACACGGCUGUACUGCCGUUUACAUACGAUUCAGUAACAAUGCAUUUGAGUAGUGGUAUCCAUAUACUGAUUAAUGCGCUAAGCACUAUUUUACUGGGCGCCAGCAACUUUACGAUGCAGGUGCUUACAUCGUAUGUAGUUUGCUACAAUUCUGCAGCAAUAUUCAUUGCGUCGACCAAUUUGUGCAGUGUCUACGUUCUGAACGUCACUUCACCACAAUGGCAGGAUGUUUUGAGUAGUCCAAACUACACUGCACUCUCUAACCUUCAGUGGCAAAAGGCAUAUCAAUCACAAUUGAUUGACUAUGGUGACCUCUACCUUGCAAUCAACCAAACGGCCCUUAAAGCGGCGGAUGGUGAUACUGAGCACCCAACUUUAAGCUUUGACUCCAACUAUACGUGGGUCAUGCAAAACAUAUCAAGGGCGUUCGUCCGAAAGUUGAUAUUGAACGAGACUGACAAAAGUAUACUUUCCCGGAAUCGGAUUAAUAUGACUGCGUUCAACUCAGAUGGAGUUGGAAACGAACCAUACUAUGGACAAGUCACCGCUGCUCGUGCUCGCAUAGUCUCAUCGCGAAGCCGCAUCCAAAUCAGUCUUUGCUUUCUUAUCAUAGUCAUAAUAAGCAACGCGAUAAAGCUUGCAACAAUGCUCUGGGUAUUGUUCUACGAAGAGCCAGAGUUUCUUGUCACGCUUGGUGACGCAGCCACUUCAUUUCUCAAGAGCCCAGACCCACAGACGGAAGGGGUGUGCGUAUAUUCGAGGGAAGCGAUUCUCAUCGAGCAUGGCUCUGGGAGCAAGAAGUCUAAGCAAGGCAAUUUACUAGAAGAUAUCACCCACGACUCGUACGGGACAUGGAGAGAACGCUACCAUUCGUACUCUUUGUCGCUUGGGCGAGACCGGGAGGUUGGUUCCUCUUUCAUGUAA